AUGUCAUUAUCAGUCUCACCACUUGUCAUUGCACAAAAAUAUCUUACGCGCUAUGGAAUGACAACAUACGUUACACUUGGAAAUAUUGGAUUAGUUUUUAAUAUGCUCAUCUUUAGUCAACCGGCACAUCGUCGUAAUUCUUGUUCACUCUAUAUUUUGGGCAUGUCAUUCUGUAGUUGUAUUGGUUUAAAUAGUGCAAUAAUACCCAUCAUUUAUGCACUAGAUCAUCCAAAUCUACUUUCUUAUUCUCUUAUUUUUUGUAAAUUACAAUACUACGUUCGUCAUGUAUUCAGUCAAUCGAUGCGAACAUUCUUGGUUCUUGCUUGUGCUGAUCGUUAUGCGACUUCUAGUAAUCGAGUAUGUAUUCGUUCGUUCAGUCGAUAUCAAGUAGCGAUUCGUAUCAUACCACUGGUGAUACUUUUUUGGCUUUCAUUAGGCAUCUUUCCAGCAAUGUUAUAUACAAAUAACAAUGGUGAAUGUGACGCACAGAAUGGUCUGUCUAAUAUUUUGUACUCUACUUAUAUCAUGACGUUUCUUGGCAUUUUUCCAUUAGUGAGUUUGAUUACUUUUGGAAUAUUAAUAGUGUUGAACUUGAAAGAGGUACGUGCUCGUGCUCACUUUCUUAAGAACAGAAAUGCUGUCACUAUUCUUCGAAAACGGGAUCGAAAUAUGAUAAGAAUGUUACUUAUCGAAUUGAUUAUCUACAUUUGUACUACUAUACCGACUACAGUUGUGCUAAUAUAUAAAGCAGCGGUUCAAAAUAAAGUGUACAGUGGUGAACGUCAAGAUAUUGAAUCAUUCAUUUUUUUCGUUGGUCGUACAUUCUUACUCUAUUUUAACAAUAGUCUUCCAUUUUGGAUUUAUUUAUCAGCAUCACGAUCAUUUCGAUUGGAAUUAAAAAAUCUAUUUUUCAAAUGGUUUACUUUUAUUAAACAGCAAAACACAUCACCGACUUUAACUCAUUGA